AUGUGGGUGAGGGGCGCAGAGUCUUUGCUGUGUCAUGUCUGUGGGGCAGACAGGACCAAUGGAACUGGAGCUGUGUCAAGCGUGUUGGAUGGCAAAGGAAAGUCCCCAAUAUCUUGUGGGCAUGAGGACAAAGGCAUCCCAAUAGAAUGCAAGAAAAAUCAACCUUUUUGUCUCAUGAUUGCAUCCAAUGUCUGCAUUGGAACAAGGCAACCUGGACCUCCUACCAAUGAUAAUACAUGCAACCAGGAUUUCUUCUACUGCUGGCAAAAGGGGUGUGGAAAUUUGGAUCAGAUAAGGGAACAGUUUCUACCCCCAAGGAUUCCAGGGUGCAAAUAUCUGGACCAUCCAACAAGUGAACAUGGAGUGGAUGUGAGGAGGACCUUGGUUUGUGUUUGUGACACUGACUUGUGCAAUUCUGAUCUUGCUGACUUGACAGGCUCAACUCUGCCUGCUAUUUAUAAGGACCAGCCUUACAGAAACUACGAAGAUGACACGGGUCUGCAAAUUCUCAAGGACGCAGCAACUGAAACCAACUACAAGAUCUGGGAUACUGAAAACUACAGACCACCCAGCGAUUGGGAAAAGGUAUUCCUGACACCUUAUGGCCCAAAACGGGACGAAGCCAUUGCAAAUAUUCUCAAUAAAAAGCCAAACGAACCUCGUCCUAAGCCACUGACUGAAGAAGAACGAAGGAAACUGGAACCCGGCGUUAGUCACGAUCUUCAAGACAGAUCACUGAAAAUUUCUCUCGACUCCUCAUCACCAUCACCACAUCCCCGUCAUUCCUCAUUAAUCCCACUCACGAUGAUUCUGAUCCUGUUUUCGUUUUGAAAAAAUAAAAUUAAUUUUAUUUCUCGA